GAGGCGGCGGCGGCGCGGCGCGGAGCGGAGCGGGCGAGGGAGCGGCGGGCACCGGGCACCGGCACCGCCCGCGGCUGCACUAUGACUUUGGAGGAGCUGCCUGGGGACCGCCGCACGGCCGGGAGGAUGGAGCAGGCGGGGGACGCGCUGGAGGAGGUGCUGAGCAAGGCGCUGAGCCAGCGGAGCCUCACCCUCGGCGUCUACGAGGCCGCCAAGCUGCUCAACGUGGACCCGGACAACGUGGUGCUGUGCCUGCUGGCGGCCGACGAGGAGGAGGCGGGGGACGCGGCCCUGCAGAUCCACUUCACCUUGAUCCAGGCCUUCUGCUGCGAGAACGACAUCAACAUCCUGCGGGUCAGCAACCCGGCGCGGCUGGCCCAGCUCCUGCUGCCCGCCACCGGCCCCGAGCCCCCCGCCGACCUCCACUGCGUCCUCGUCACGAACCCCCAUGCCUCCCAGUGGAAGGAUCCAGCGCUGAGUCAGCUGAUGUGCUUCUGCCGGGAGAGUCGCUACAUGGAUCAGUGGGUGCCAGUGAUCAACCUCCCCGAGCGGUGACGGCGCCGGGCUGUGCGCGGACUCAACCCCAUUGCACUGAAGUUUUGCAAUACUUUCGCAGUUGCUCAGGAAGUAACUCCCUGCCCUGGCACGAGGAUUACGGGGAGGUGGGGAGAGAAAAAAAAAUAAUUAACAACAACAACAACCCAAAAAAAAAAAAAGAUAAACAUGAUGCCAAGCGGGGAUGGGGGGGGUUUGGCUGAUGUUGAGCUACAUCUUGUGGGGGAUUGAAGGAAAGUGGCUCCGGAGCGCUGGGGAUGAGCGUGGAGCGAAGGGAUGAGCGAAGGGCUCCGCGGUGCCAGAGGAAGGAGCCCCACACAGCCCCGGGGGGGGCACAUGGAAACACCCCCCCCCCUCCCCCAAACCCCUCACUGUUAUUUUUUUUUAAAGUGCAACUUGCAGUUUCUGGUUUAAAUGCCUUUAAAGAGCAGAAAGGUUAAUCGAAACAUUUUACAAUUCUAUUGUAUUUUUGGGAUGUUGAUCCUCAAGUUUUUAUGCUAAGAUAUAUAGUAAGUUAUUUUAUGAUGAAAAAAAUUAUUUAUACUCGGAGGUUUGAGAACCAGAAUGCCCUUAAGCAGUCGGUCUGCAACCAUGCGUCUUUUAACAGUCGGCUGGUUAAAGCAGCGACAUUAAUAUAAUUGUUUGAAAUUAGAUAGUGUUUUUGGGUUUUUUGGCUGGUGUUUUUUGGUGGUUUUUUUUUUUUUGGAAAUAAAGUUUAAACU